CCCAGGCGGAGCACAGGAUCCGGCGCCGGAGACCAACCCCUGCCAUGCUGUUCCGGCUCUCAGAGCACUCCUCACCAGAGGAGGAGGCCUCCCCGCACCAGAGAGCCUCAGGAGAGGGGCACCAUCUCAAGUCGAAGAGACCCAACCCCUGUGCCUACACACCCCCCUCGCUGAAAGCCGUGCAGCGCAUUGCUGAGUCCCACCUCCAGUCCAUCAGCAACCUGAGUGAGAACCAAGCCUCGGAGGAAGAGGAUGAGCUGGGCGAGCUGCGGGAGCUGGGCUAUCCAAGAGAGGAGGAGGAGGAUGAGGAGGAGGAGGAUGAAGACGAAGAGGAAGAAGAGGACAGCCAGGCUGAGGUCCUGAAGGGCAACAGGGACUCUGCUGGACAAAAGACAACCUGUGGCCAGGGUCUGGAGGGGUGCUGGGAGCGCCCACCCCCUCUCGAUGAGCCCCAGAGGGAUGGAAGCUCCGAGGACCAGGAAGACCCAGCACUAAGUGAGCCAGGGGAGGAGCCUCAACACCCUGCUCCCCCUGAGCCUGGCACAUAGAUUACCCAGCCCUGCAUCCCCCAGGAGGAAGUGGAGGGGGCAUCGCUGUACCCCAGAAACCCAUUCUGUCCUCACCCUAUUUUGUACCCUUCCCCUUACCCGCUAGGGCUGCGGCUUCUGACUUAUAGAAGACUAAGGCUGGUCUGUGUUUGCUUGUUUGCCCACCUUUGGCUGAUGCCCAGAGAACCUGGGCACUUGCUGCCUGAUGCCUACCCCUGCCAGUCGUUCCCCCAUUCACCCAGUGGGAGGCCGGAUGUGAGAGAGCCUGCAUUGGAAAAUGCAGAAAACUAGGAACAAUGACUCGACCUUCACAAUUCUACUCCCCAGAUCCUCUCCCCUGGGCACAGGAGACCCACAGGGCAGGACCCUAAGAUCUGGGGAAAGGAGUUAUUGAGAACCCUUAGGUGCCCUCAGAUCCUUCUCUAUUCCCUCUCCUAUGGGAGAUUGCAAGUCACCACCCCUUUCACCGGCUUCUACCAGGGCCCAGGACUCAGGCGUCCUUCUCCACAGCCUCAACAUUUUGUAAAUCUUCCCCUUAUCACCCCUGCUCCUCCUGGGUGCCUGGAUGAUAGACUGGCAGAGGCUGCUUUGUCGCGUUUUGUUUGUGCUUUCAUGCCAGGAAUGCCGCCUAGUAUACGUCCUUGGGGGAAGGGGAGCCCAGUGGGGGAAGCCAGGUUCUCCCUGUCCUCCAGCAGCUCUGCUCCCUUCCCCUUCUUCCCUGACUCCAGGACUGAACCCCUCCAGUGCUGUAAUAAAUCUUUGUAAAUACUG